AUUCGGAGGAGCGCAGGCACUGCAGCUGCACGCGCUCUCACGCGCUCCAGUGUCUGCAGCAGAGCUCGAACCUCCACCUCACACAGUCCUAAGGUUUGGGGAAACGGUAGAGGAGCGAGUGCCUCACAGUGCCUGUGUGCGUAAAAGACGCGGAGUGUCUGGAUGGAUGGAUUUACGCAGAAAAAUAUUUUUCCAAAUGGAUUAAACUUCAAUCAAGGUGAACCUCAGAAAAAUGGACGCUGAGAGUCUUAAUCAACAUGUUCAACGAGAAGUCACAUCAGACCCCUUAUCGGAGACCACGGACUGGCUCGAUGACGGGAAUAAAUUCCACCAACCAGGCUGGCAGGUAGCUCUAUGGGCUAUCGCCUACUCCCUCAUCAUCCUGGUCUCUGUGACUGGGAACGUCACUGUCAUCUGGAUCAUUUUGGCACACAGACGCAUGAGGACAGUGACCAACUACUUCAUCGUCAACCUGGCCUUCUCUGAUGUUUCUAUGGCAACUUUCAACACACUUUUUAACUUUGUUUAUGCUCUUCACAAUGACUGGUACUUUGGCCUGGGCUAUUGCAGGUUUCAAAACUUCUUCCCAAUUACCGCCAUGUUUUCAUCCAUUUACUCUAUGACUGCCAUUGCAGUGGAUAGGUACAUGGCCAUCAUCCACCCGCUGAAGCCCCGCCUCUCCUCCACCUCCACUAAAGGUCUUAUUGCUCUCAUCUGGAUCAUUGCUGUACUGCUGGCAUUUCCUCAGUGCUACUACAGUGUGACCCACUUUUACUAUCCCCGGACAGUGUGCAUGGUGGACUGGCCUGACAGCUAUGGGGGAACACCCCAACUGAGUUACCAGUACACAGUGAUAGUGUUGAUCUACCUACUCCCCCUGUUGGUUAUGUUGGUGACCUACAGUCUGGUGGGCUGUACGCUGUGGGGGGCGCAUAUCCCUGGAGAAGCCUCUGACCAUUAUCACAAUCAGAUAACAUCCAAGCGAAAGGUUGUGAAGAUGAUGAUUGUCGUAGUGACAACCUUUGCUUUUUGCUGGCUGCCCUAUCAUGUUUAUUUCAUACUUGGGACAUUCAACUCAGAAAUCUAUAAGAAGUGGUACAUCCAGCAGGUUUAUCUUGCCAUAUUCUGGUUGGCCAUGAGUUCAACCAUGUACAAUCCUAUCAUCUAUUGUUGUCUCAACCAGAGGUUUCGUGCUGGUUUUCGUCAUGCUUUCGCUUGGUGUCCGUUUGUCAAAUUGUCAGAGGAAGAUAAGAUGGAGUUUCAGCACAUGCGCACAUUCAGAGUUACAAUGACACGCAGCCACCGGCAGGAGGUCUCCAUCAAAACCAGCAACACACUCAAUAUCAACAAGGAGCCUGCAGAGCCAGAGGGAUAUGCAGCAAUACAAAUAAAAAAGCUUUCUGAUACUACACUUACUGACCACACUCACUGACAACAGCUUGAACCUGGGCAGACUGUUGCUGUGCCCUUGGGCAAGAAACUUUACCCAUCUUGCCUGUGUAUGAAUGUGGGGCUUGAUAGUUGGAGGAGCCAACGGCACACAUUGGCAGCCUCACUUCAGUCAAUUGUGGUUACAUAAGUAGUUUAGUGAAACCAAGUAUAGAGUGAAUGAAAAAUGACAGUGCAGGUCCUUGAUAAGCUUGUAAAAUGUAAUACAAAUGUAAGGCAUAAUUUAAGUACAGUACUUAAAUACAUUUAUUUUGUUACUGACCACUUCUGAUCAAGACAUUGCCAUGGCACAGCAGUACGAGACCGCAGACUGCAAAAUAAUAUAAAAUAUUACACAAUUGCUGAGUAACAAAAAAAAUUACUUUCAAUAUUUUACUCAUUUAGUGUCUGAUAUCAACUUUGUUUCAGACAGUGUCUUCUGUACUCUGCCUAAAAAUAUUUUAUGGUUAUUUGUGUGUGCUCUUUUUAGUCUCCUGUAUCUUUAGUCUUUGGACUUUGACAAAAGUGUGGAGUCAUAGGUGGACAUACUGUGUUUAAAUAGUUGAUCAUUGUGUUAAAAGAUUCUGCUUAAAGUGUUAUGUAGUUUUGAUAUGAGAGUUAAAGCUUGAAAAUGGAUGUAAGGUGGUGCCAUUAUGUGUUUUCUCCCUGCAAACUUUGGAACUUGGAUAACAUUUACACACAUAGUAACUUAAAGGCAUGUGAAACAAUGAAGUAAAUGUUUAUGUUUUGUGGUGCCACAGAAAUUUGUUAAACAAAAAACUGAAUAAAAAUGUCAGCAUAAAAUAGCUGUAGGAUUUUUAUUUGAAGAAUACAAAGAUUAUUGAGCAGAAGCCAGAAGAAUAAAGUAUGAUUAUCAAUGAAGUUCUUACCGUCUUUAAUAAAAUAAAUAUAUCAAAUAAAUAGCAUGAUUGUACAUUUCUCACACAUCCUUUUGUUGUCCAGACGUUCAAUUUUGUGUCCUGAAAUAAAAUGUUGCUUUAUAUUUUUCUUUCCAAAUGGUUCAAAAACUU